UCUAGCUCAACAGCGCCUCCAGCUCUAGCUCUAGCUCCCUCGAAGCCUCCUUCGCGUGCAAGAAGCAGCUCUCUCUCGCAGCCUCCUACGUCAGCAAGAAGCACCCACAGUGCGCACACAUCCAUCGAUCACCUUGAUCACCACACCUCGGGUAGACGAUGGCCAUGGCGCAAGGACAAGGGGCGCGGGCCACCAGGGAGGCCGUGCCUCCGGUGUCCCGUGUGGCCAUCAUCGGCGGCGGGAUCAGCGGCCUGGCCGCGGCGAAGCAGAUGGCGGCCUACGACCCCGUCGUGUUCGAGGCGACGCCGUCCGUCGGCGGAGUGUGGAAGCACUGCGUCUACCGCACCACGCGGCUGCAGACGCCCCGCCCGGACUACGAGUUCUCCGACUACUCCUGGAAGAACCGCGACGACCCUUCGUUCCCGACCCACACGGAGAUCGUCGACUACCUCGAGGGCUACGCCGACGAGUUCGACCUCUGGCGCUACAUCUCGUUCGGGUCCAAGGUGGUGGACAUCAGGUUCCUCGGCGGCGCCGAGGCCGGGUUCACGGAGCUGUGGAGCGGCACCGGCAAGGAUCCGCUCCGAGGCAAGCCCAUGUGGGAGGUCGGCAUCGUCACCGGCGACUCCAACACCGUUCAGUAUUACAAGUUCGAGUUCGUGGUGAUGUGCACGGGGAAGUACGGCGACGUGCCGCGGAUGCCGGUGUUCCCGCCGGGGAAGGGGCCGGAGGUGUUCAAGGGGACGGUGAUGCACUCGCUGGACUACUGCAAGCUGAGCGAGGAGGAGACCGUUGAGCUGAUGCGAGGCAGGAAGGUUGUGGUGGUUGGGUACAAGAAGAGCGCUAUCGAUCUAGCCAACGAAUGUGCCCAGGCAAACCAAGUCAAGGGAGGGCAGCCGUGCACGAUGCUGGUACGGACCCUGCACUGGGUGGUGCCAUCCUACUCCAUCUGGGGCUUGCCAUUCUCCAUGUUCUACUCCACACGCUUGUCUCAGCUCUUCUACGAGCGGCCCAACCAAGGGUUCUUCCGAUCCCUCCUCUGCCGCCUCAUGAGCCCACUGAGGGCAGGGGUGUCCAAGUUCAUCGAGUCGUACCUGUCAUGGAAGCUGCCGCUGGGAAAGUACGGCCUGACGCCGGACCACCCCUUCGUCGAGGACUACGCCAGCUGCCAGAUGGCCAUCCUCCCGGAGGGCUUCUUCGACAUGGCGGACCGCGGCCUCGUCCGCUUCCAGAGGGCCUCCGCCGGCUGGUGCUUCUCCGAGAACGGCGUGGUCCUCGACGACGGCACCAAGGUGGAGGCCGACCUCGUCUUCCUCGCCACCGGCUUCGAGGGGAAGGACAAGCUCCGCGAGGUCCUGCCAAAGCCCUUCCGCGACCUCGUCGUCGGCAAGUCUUCCAUGAUGCCGCUCUACCGUGGCACGAUCCACCCGCUGAUCCCCAACAUGGCGUUCGUGGGGUUCGUGGAGAGCGUGUCCAACCUGCACACGUCGGAGUUGCGGUGCCGGUGGAUGUCGGGGCUGCUGGAGGGGCGGUUCGAGCUGCCGUCCGUGAAGGCCAUGAUGGGGCACGUCGCCGGCGAGGCCGACGCCAUGCGCCGCACCACGCGGUUCUACCGCCGCCACUGCAUCUCCACCUACAGCAUCCACGACAGCGACGGCAUGUGCUCCGACCUGGGCUCCGCCACGCUCCGCAAGGCCAACUGGAUCGCCGAGCUUUUCGCCCCAUACAAUAACAAGGACUACAAGGAACAGUAACUCAUACAUACGCAUAGCACAGUACACACAUCGUCCUAUGUACGCUACAUUUACUCGACCACAAUAAUAACCACGGCCGAGUCUGUACGUACGCCCGGUAUAAUACAUUCUUUUAAUAUAUUUUUACAAAUAUACGCGAUUCCAUUGGUGGCUAAUAAUAUCCAUCGGGAACAAGAAUAUACUAGUGGUUAGGGCAGGGCCCUUAUGAGCGUUCCAAUGUGUUGCCAUGUUAGCUCUGUACUUUAGGCUGGCUAGUUUUGGUACCAUGUUGGCUCUGCAUAUUGGGCUAGCUUGUUUAUUAUUUGUUUUGACUCGUGUAUAUGAACAUUGGCUCGUGUGCA